UGAGCAUUUACAUCCAAAGGUCUUAUGGUUUGUCUAUAGUCUCCAUAUAUACUUAGGUUUGGAAACAUUACUAGCCCUAGUGGCAGCCCUGGCUCGAGCCCUGUUGGGCAUGGAGCUUGAGCCACAGUUCAAUGAACCCUACCUCUCAACCUCUCUCCAAGACUUCUGGGGUCGAAGAUGGAACAUAAUGGUGACCCGAAUUCUACGCCCGACUGUUUACGAACCUGUGCUCCAUACUUCAUCUCGUGUCAUGGGCCGAAAAUGGGCUCCACUUCCUGCCAUUUUCAGCACAUUUAUGGUGUCCGCCAUAAUGCACGAGCUUAUAUUUUAUUACUUGGGUCGUACAUGGCCCACAUGGGAAAUCACAGGGUUCUUUUUGCUCCAAGGUGUCUCUUUGAUGGUUGAGGUUGCAAGCAAGAAGGCCUUUUUCGUCCGGUGGCAGUUGCCUUGGAUCGUCACGGCCCCAUUAACUAUAGGGUUCGUGAUGGUUACCGCAUUUUGGCUGUUUUUUCCUCCGUUUUUGAGGUGUAAAUCAAUGGAAAGAGGCUUUGCAGAGUACGCAGCAAUGGGUUCAUUUGUUAAAGAUGUGGGCACGGCUUUAACGUCCAAGUAUCUCAACAAUGUAAGAACAGUUUAG